AUGGUUCAAACUGAAAACAUCAGUGACAACCCUCCAUACGAUAAGGGGGCCUUCAGAAUCGAAAUCAACUUUCCCGCAGAGUACCCAUUCAAACCACCGAAGAUCACAUUUAAAACAAAGAUAUAUCAUCCGAACAUCGAUGAAAAGGGGCAGGUCUGUCUGCCAGUAAUUAGUGCUGAAAACUGGAAGCCAGCAACCAAAACCGACCAAGUAAUCCAGUCCCUCAUAGCACUGGUGAACGACCCCCAGCCCGAGCACCCCCUUCGGGCUGACCUAGCUGAAGAAUACUCUAAGGACCGUAAAAAAUUCUGUAAGAAUGCUGAAGAGUUUACAAAGAAAUAUGGGGAAAAGCGACCUGUGGACUAAAAUCUGCCGUGAUUGAUUCCAGCAAGUGUGAGCAGAGACCCCAAGCAGUGCAUUCAGACACCCCGCAAAGCAGGACUCUGUGGAAAAUUGACACGUGCCACCGCCUGGCGUUCGCUUGUGGCAGUUACUAACUUUCUACAGUUUUCUUAAUCAAAAGUGGUUUAGGUAACUUGUAAAGAAAGGAUUAAAAAUUUAAGAUGUUCUAGUUCUGCUUUCUUUGUUUUAAAAAUCACUGCUUCAAUCUACUUCAAAAGAAUGGUGUUUCUUUUCUUGUCCAAAUUUAUCCAAAAUCUUCAAGUUACAUUUAGCCCAUAAGGUUUAAAAAAAAACAAAAAGGAAGAAAAAAAAAAGGUUGUGGUCUCCCUUCCUCCCCUGUCCCCACAGCCCCACUUUCUCACAUUCAGUUCAUUUCUCACUUGCUCACCUCCCAGAUCCCGUCUGCUCCGCAAAGGAGAAGAGAUGGCUCUGGCAUCUCUAGUAGCUUUUUCUCUCCCGCGUUGCACUGCCCGGUGUGGGAGUUAGUUCAAAUUCUCUUGGCUCCAGUUUAUAAUAUCCUUUUUGAAAAUUAAAAAAUAAGCAAACAACAACCACACACCCACCCCUACCCCACCCCCCAAAAAAAGCCGUGAAAAGGGAGGCCCAGCUCUUGUGUGAAAAAUCUGGCUAAUGUCACCACAAUAACGUUGAUUUCAUGGAUAAACCCCAUGUCUGUGUGUGUGAUUGAACUGCGGCCUGGCUGGGCCUGCAUAGGGAAACCCUGCAAUAACAAGUCCAGUAAUCCUGAAGGUAGGGCCUGUCAGCCAGAGGACACGGUGCACCUGUGUGAUGAAUUUCUUGCCAGAAAGGCUCCUGAGGCCAAAGGUUGGCACUCAUCUUAGAAGAUCUGCUGGUCAUUGCAGGCAAAGCUAAAGCCAGGAUAUUCAUUUGAAAUUCCAAGCUCAUCCGUCACCAAGCUCCAUCUGAAUGUGCCACGGAGUUCGCUCUCCAACUCCUCAGUGCAGCAGCCCCACCACAGCCCUCCCUUGGCACUGUUUGACCCUUUGCGGGAUUGGAAUUGGCAGAACUUGACUGUUGAACCGGCACUGGUUGGGGGUCACCAGGGCCCCUGCUGGCCCCUUCCUUCGGAGCAGCCGGCCAGCCCAGCCGGGAACAAGAUGGCCUUCCCUCUCCCUUUGGACUCACAACCUUUGCAGAGUCAAUCUCCACUUGAAGCUCACUCAGUAAUAUCCUUUAAAUGUGUUUUAUAUUGUUUUGACUGCCUUUUUUGUAGAAAUAAAAAUUGACCUUAGAAUUUAUCAGCAGAUGAACUUGUAAGGAUUUGAAUGUUAAUGUCUUUUCAAGGCAAGUGGGACUGUCCCUGAAAUAGUAGAGAAUACAUUUCACUCUGACACCAGAGGAAGGCGAUGAUUCCAAUACCAUGUGUCAUUGACCACUUCUGCCACAGGCGGCUUCCCUUCUUGGCUGUUGGGGGGACUAGAUGCUGUGGAGGAGAUGACUUAACAAAACUUUGCUUUGUUUUAAUCUUAUUUCUGUAACUUAAAAUCUUUUGGGGGCUUGCAGACGUGCUUGGUUUCACCCAUGCAGAAGUGGGAAGUGAUUGGUAGGUUAGCCAGCAUAACAUUGUUUAGUUGUCCAGGUGUGUGGCCCCUGCGGUAUGAAAAUGAAUUCAGCUUCUUUGGUUCCUGGUAUGCAAGGGGCAGGUUUCUGGAGACUUCCGAGUGCCCAGGAUGGCAAGAGCGCUGGGCCAGUGUUUCCACAUCUGUCUCUUUAUUAGCAGAAAGGUGAUGAUGGAUUUUAUUUCACUCACACUUAGAUUUGUAAUAAAAUGCCAAAUUCUGUCAGAACCGGUUCAGACAAGCCACCAUUUGUUCUUGUUGCUUCUCUGAAUCCAGAAAUAUUGCCAUUCUUGAAAACUGUCCCAUUGCUUCAUAUUUCUGCCAACAUAGCUCUGCCUGCCUGUCACCCCCUCACUGCUCUCUGCUCACUGUGGGAGGAUACUUUUGUGCUGGCAGCCCCUCAGGGACUCUCAGCCCUGGCACUGGCACUCCAUGGUUUGCCCAGUCAGUGGGUGGUUCCCCUCUCGGGCCUGGGCAGCUUACUCCUUCCUGCCCUGCCCUCAGGGCUUUAAGCAAGCUGGCAGGCAGCCCUGGCUGCUCCCAAACCAAAAAGCUGGGUCCUCUGAAGAAGGGGAGAGCUGUGGAGCAGCCGCCUGCAACUGACCCGGGCUCACUCAGGAAUUCACAGCCACCUGGUUCCUUGAAGUGCGCCGGGUCCUCCCACUGCCUCCCCUCCCACCCCUAUGGCAGAGAAUAGGCUAAGAUGCUGCGAUCCCGUUCUGCUGCCCUUAAUAAAAAUGCUCUCCGACA